AUGCAGGUAAGGCAAGUGGUUGCGAUACUGGCGCUUGGGUGUUUGGUGCUAAGUUGCAUGACCUCGGUAUUGGCUCAAGAUGAAGAAAGUGACUUUGCUGAAUUCGAUGACUUCGAUACCGACGAUGAUUUCGUUGAAGCAGGCACCACAUCGGCACCACAAACUGCAGAUGCAAAAGUCGCACAGCAGGCAUAUGCAACCGAGAAAGUGAAGAGCGAGCACGUUCUUAGCAAGUCAGAUGACUUCAAAACUGAUGAUGACGACGGCAUCGUUGAGGAUGAAGACAACGAAUUUGAACACUUUCAAGACGAAGAAGAAUUCGAAGGCUUUGAUGCAGGCGAAAGUAAAGAUUUGCCUGUAGAUCAAAAGACCGCCGAACCGAAAUUGACUGUAGCAAAAAUACCAAUGCAUUUCCGUACACAUUGGGACUCAUAUUGGAUGGAAAUGCUUAUGUUGGCUGGCCUAUUAGCGUACUUUGCUAAUUUCUUCGCUGGGAAAACAAAGAAUGCAAGGCUUGCACAAUUGUGGUACAGCACGCACAAGGGUUUAUUAGACGACAACUUUGUUCUAGUUGGCGAUGAUGGCAAGCAAGAAAACGAAAAUCCUGGUUUGAUGAAAGAAAGCGAGAGUUUAUAUACUCUGUGGUGCUCUGGUCGCACUUGCUGCGAGGGUAUGCUUGUGGAGCUAAAGAUGAUUAAACGUCAAGAUUUAGUCGCUUUGGUGUCUGGACUGAUACGACCUCAACAAGACCAAGUACAUAUAAAAGUUGAAAUGACAAAAGGCGUAAUGGAUUCGUUUGUAUUUUGUGUGGGCUCGAGAAAAACUAUAACCAAGGUUUUCAAAGAGUUCGCAGAUUUGAACAAGUAUUGCAGUCUAGUCAGUAAGCCAGAGGAUCGCUACAAAGUACCUGCAGGAUUUAGUGUGCUGUCAGAAAUACCUGAAGCAACGUCAGCAAUGUUAGAGGCGCGUAUAAUAACUGCGCUUAAUAAAUAUCAGCGCUACAUCGACUAUAUCCAUAUUUCUGAUCAAUUUAGUGGUCCAAUCCAACAAGAAGAUGCCAACAAUUUGAAACAACCGGAGACAAAAGCUAUGCUUAUGGCAGGAUUUAACUUGCCAAAGAGUGUAGAUAUGGAAUCCAUUAAACCUUUGCUCAUUCUAAUCUUCUAUUUAAUGGAGCGUCUAAAAGUGUAUCGCAUGUCGAGGGAGGGCAAAAACAAAGCCGAAAAGAAUCGCUUACGUGUUGAGGAAGAGUUCUUGAAGAGUACACAUGCAGCACGUGCAGAAGCUGCUGCGCAGCGUCGCGAAGAUAAGCGCAAGCAAGAAAAGGAACGCGUGCUUGCCGAAGAGGAUCCCGAGAAACAGCGUCGCUGGGAAUUAAAAGAACAAAAACGUCAGGCCAAGAAAAAGGCGCCCAAAAUGAAACGCUUGGCAGUAAAAUCUUUAUAAAACUAAUAAGCUGCUAAGAAGGGAACAGUGAUGGUCGGUCUAUUCAAUUGACAGUUUUGGAUGUUAAUUAAAUUUCGACCAUCAUUAAAUGCUGGAGACAUUCUCCACACAAAUUUCGAGAUAUAGCAAUAAACAUGCAUUCAACUGCGUGCACAAGCCAUAGCUAUACCAA